AUGUCUCCCCCAUUUGGCGGGCGCAGGUACUCGCCAGUCAAGGACAUGUCCAAGGACCAGAUGGACAAGGCUGUCGCUGAGCUGCGUGCCAUCUGCAACUCGCCGGAAGACGAGAUCAGAGAGGCGAUUCACGCCACCGACGGGGAUCUGGAUGCAGCUGGGAUGCGCCUGUACGGAGAGCCGAUCGAACAACACGCAUCUGCUUCGGAGGAAGCUGCCGCGCGAAGGUCUGUAGCCGUCGACCAGAAGGCCGCGGACGAAGAGUUCCUCGGAACCAUCACGGAGGAGGCCCAGAGGAGCGACGUGCGGAAGCUCCUCGAGAUCUUCCCGAACCGCAAGCCGUCGCAGAUCCAGCAGGCGCUGAGACGGCGGAACUACGAAUUCACCGAGGCAGCCGAGGAUCUUGCAGACCUGUCGCCCUCGUCGUCUCCAGAGCCUCCUUGUAGCAGGCCCAGGCUCAAGGUCAGAUUCACCAACAGAGCAGGCUCUCACGGAGCACCACCCUCUUCGUCGUCGCCGUCAUCGUCCUCUGGAGUACCCCGUCUCUCUAACCACGAAUCCCCAAGUUCCGAGUCGGAUUCACCCAUCUUCACACCGCGGACUACUGCCAGCGUGUCGCCCAAGACGGGCUCAGCGGUCUUGCCACUUCGCUAUGCUGAUUGGGGAUUCGGUGAGCUUGGUCGUCCGAAGACUCCUGAGAAAAAGCGCGCCGACGACGAGAUGGCCCACGACGGCGACAGUUCGACACCCAAGACCAAGCGAGAGGGCCGAGCCCCCGCAGUGUCUCGGCCAAGUAAGUGGGAUCACUACAUCAUUCUAGACUCAGACGAUGCCGACGAUGUUGAUAUGGACAGCCUGCUCGACAGACCAGUCAAGAAGGAAUCGAGUCCGGCCACCAGCCACGAGUCCGGAAGAGAGAUUGACGUCGACGCGCUCCUCGCGGGUGUGACUGCUGCUGACGGGCAUAACGCGAUGAUGAUCGAAAGCGAUCAGAACCCGAGUAACAAUCUUUUUUCCAAGGAGCCUGCUCCGGAGGGAGAGGGAUUACUGGGAAGUAUAUCUUGGGACGACAAGGUUGAGCACUUGAUGACAGUCUGUCCCGCGGCGGGACGGUCCAUGUGCGCCGUCGAGCUACAGCUCGCAGAUGGAAACGUCGAGGAGGCUUUCCGCGAGUUGGAAGGCGAGUUCGGUGUUGGUGGUGCGAUGCGCGAAGAGAGUGCCGACGAGGACGACGAGAGCGAGGAGGGUGACGACGAGGACGAGGUAGAAAGUUCCGUUGCACGCGGAAAGCGUCCAGCUUCGCUGAAGAGGCGGGCACGUCCUUCGAAGCAUAGUCGACCACAGAAGAGACGACAUCGAGCGGAGGAAGAAGCAGCAGCAGCAGCAGCGCUAGAAGAAAGUCGGAAAAUCAAGAGCACAGAAGAGGAAGAAGGUGACGACGACGAUGAGGCUGAAGGUCUGGAGCCAGCAUCUCAAUGGGUCCAAAGCACCAUCCACGCCGAUGACGGCGUGACGAUUAUUCUCGACACGGGCAGCCACGCCUGCAAAAUCCCGCGCAAGAUCCUCCGCAAGCUCCCCGAACUGAAAGGGAUCGAGUCAAUCGACGACGGAAGCUUGAAAGUUCCCCACGUCUCGCAACACACCUUCGACCUCGCCCUGCAGUGGGCCGUCUGCAAGAACGGCCGCCUCGAAAAGGCGCAGCGCAAGGACAAAGCGGCCGAGGUCGGAGCCUACGUCGAUCUCGCCGUCUUCGCAUCUCGCGUCGGCCUGGGUCUCGGAAGCAGCCAGUCGCCGCUGCUCGCCCGGUUGAGAGCCGUCCUGACGAGCGACCGCGACGCCCUCCUCGGGACGCACAUCCGCCAGGCGUACACCCGCCUCGGCGAGGGCCACCGCGUCCGCCAGCUCCUGCUCCAGGCGUCCGUCAAGGCGUACGCGCAGUUCAAGCACCAGGACCCUGCCGACGACGACGACGACGACGACGACGGCGACGAUUCCGAGGACGUCUCGGCGGAGGAGGCGCUCGCUCUGAAUCCCGCCCAGCGCGCGAGCUACCUCAAAGAGAGGUUCCGCUUCGGCGCCGAGAUGAGAAGUAUCAAGGCCUACCGUUACGACCUGAUGGAGGAGUUCCAGCGCGUGUGGUGGAGGAGGACUUCGCACCAGGUCCGGUACCGUCGCACGGCUCACUGGUGCACUCGGACGGAGCUGACGGACCCGUUGUCGGAUGAGCAAUUCUUCAUCUCGUAG